UGAAAGCACUUGUAGCUUGGCGUGAACCGAUCAAGUCAGGCUUAGUCAUGGCGGCUGGCCUAAGUCUUCUUAUUAGCCUAGCCUGUCUCUCUCUUAUCUCGGUGCUGGCCUAUGUUUGUUUGGCCCUUCUAUGCUGCACUUCCGGUUUUCGUCUUUACACCGAAUUCCUGGGCCGAGGUGGUUCUUCAUCCAACAAAAACCAAUCUGGUGGCUCUGGUGACGUGGCUCCUAUAACUUCAACUUCGGAUUCGUCACGAAAUCACCCAUUCCAAAAAUGGCUUUCUUGUGAUCUAACCUUGCCGCGCGAGGAAAUUGGUCAAUCCCUAUCCGAUGCGCUUCAGCAUGUCCAGCCAUAUUUGAACUACGUCCGAAGAGUCCUCAUGGUUGAGAGCUACUUUGAAACGGCGAAAGUGUGUCUUUUGAUGUAUUUGCUGACCAUUGUCGGAAAUUGGUUUAACUUACUAACUCUCCUUACAAUAGGUUAG